UAGGUUCAAUUCCGGGUCCGAGUGGUAAAGCCGAUGAGCUCCUCCUCCUCCUCUAUACGACUCAUUCCUCUAUACAGGCAAUGACUUUUGCAUCCCAUCCGGAUUGGAAAGACGGCACGGCACGCGGCGGAGUACUACUAUGUCUCCAUUAAUAUUCCCCCCUCCGUGAAUGCGGGGACUCUAUAGACUCGGGAUGCGCGAUAGAUGCGGAUUAGGUAAGUUAUGAAGAUGAGAGAAAUUGAUUCAAAAAGACGUGGUGGGAAAUUCGCAUUCGUCGCCCGGACCCAAAAAGAUAGAAGAAUAAGUAGAAAAAAGGGCUUCCGUUUCUCUCCCUGGUUCGUCCUAGACACAACGCACACACACAACCCGAGAAGAGCUCACAACUGUGUGGACCGUAAUACUUAGACGGCGCAUCUCCUUCUCUAUAUACUAAGCUGUCAUAUCUUCUACUUUAUAGCCGAGAUAUGAGGCGGGCUGCUCCUGCUCCUGCCGCUGAGACUAGGAGGUUUUCCAGCCGCAGCGCCUACAGUCCCCAGUCGUGCCGACGGCCGUUUGAUCGAACGCGAUGAGAUCAUUGCGGCUGCAGCCUCUUUUACUCACGCUCCCGCCGCAACUGGAAAUCAAAAGAGCGCUCCGGGGGGUUGAAAUAUAAAUAGAGGAGGGGGAUGAUGAUGAGGUGGAAAAAAAAAUGAAUUCACACAAAGAAAGUGAUAUAAAUAUAUAAAGUAUCAAGGAUUUCCUCCUCCGCUCAAUCUUCCUUCCUUCCGGGAAAAAAAUAUUAAAAAAAAAAAAAAAAAAAAAAAAAUCCCGAAACCAAAUUUGCCAACGGAUAUUGCAAAGUCAUUGAAGCCCAUCAAUUCGACUCUCAGGGCCAGCCAGUCAGCCAGCGCUGCUAUCUGGCCAGAGAGAGAGAGAACUGGUGAUGAAUAUUGCCGGGCGGCGGUGGUGAAAACGGGACGACAUGCGCGAAACAGACGCACACACCUCCCGAUAGAAAAAGGGGGGGGGGAAAUAAAAAGGCACUUCUUUUUUGGGUGUGUGUGUGUGUUGAAUGCGCAAGCUGUGCUGUGCUGUGAAGCCAAUGCUGUUGCUCUACCGCCGCUAUAUCGCAGCUCUCUCAUCAUCUAGUAGUCGGAUGGCAACCAGUCCCAGCCAACCUCUCUCUUCAACGCACUCACUUCACAAGCGCCGUCCCUCCCCAUCUUUGGCCGUCGCUCAAGACCGGCCCGAAUUUCCCCCCUUCGUGAGUGUCGUCGUCGUCCUUCUUUCCCCCCCCCCCCCACCGUCGAGAGCUGGCCCAACCCCCCUCUCCUUUAGAUAGUAUAGAGAGAUACCUUUUGGACAGCGUGCAAGCUUUUAAAAGCUGGCCGGCACGGCUCCAUCAACCAUCAUAUCAGUUGCGAACUCGGGCCAGCCCGCUUGACUCUUUCCGGUUUCUUCUUCUUUUCCUUUUUUUAAUCAAUCACGACGUGAUUCCGUCGUGACACGGGGGUGGAGGAGGAAGACGAUCGGCCAGGUGAAGACAGAUUAGUUUGUUUUUAGUUUUGACCCCCUCCAAGGAGGGAUUCUACGAUCCUCCUCAAGUGUUGUUGGUUUUUCCGGUUGUUGUGAGUUGCGACUACCAUUACUACUGCUACACCGCUCGCCCGUCAAUGGAGUGGAUAAGGAGCUCAUCAUCACUGUCGGCUCUGAUGUCGUCGUCCGGCAUUAGCGGCCGCCCAUCCGACAACAACCACCCGAUCCGCCACUUGCGAGAGAAACAGAGGCGGAUCAAGGAGCGCCAGUGCAAGGAAGGCGGAUUGCUGGCCGAGGACCAGAGCGAAUGCAACGAGUUGUUCGGAAUCAACGGCACGUCACAGCAGCCGACGCUCCAUGCCGGAAUCGGCGGCAAGGAUCCGCCGGAAGAUCGCGGAGGAGGAGGGCGGAUAUCCGGCGGCGGCGGACCCGACUGGAGUGAAACGCUUUACGACCUCUACAACAAGAGCAUAUCACAGUUCAACAGCUCCGACGCCAAUAAUAACCUGACGCUGCCCUUUUGCAGCGACAUCAUCAAUUCCACCAACACCAGUCACCUGGACUGGAACGGGACCGACAGCUCCUGGAUCCUGUCACUGGGAUGCCGCAACGGCUCAUCGGUACCCGUCGGGCCCGUGUCGGGGGCGGUGCCGAUGCCGUUCGAGAUGUGGCAAAGCAUUUGCAUCAUCAUCUGCCUGGGCAUCUGCAUCGUCCUGACAGUUGGCGGCAACAUCCUGGUGUUGUUGGCCUUCAUCGUCGAGCGGACGAUCCGUCAGCCGAGCAAUUACUUUAUCGCCUCCUUGGCCGCCACCGACGUCCUCAUCGGCACCGUCUCCAUGCCGUUCUACACCGUUUACGUCAUCAUGGGCUACUGGGACCUGGGUCCCAUCCUCUGCGACUUGUGGCUCUCCGUCGACUACACCGUCUGCCUCGUCUCCCAGUACACGGUCCUCCUCAUCACCAUCGACCGGUUCUGCUCCGUCAAAAUCGCCGCCCAGUACCGGGCGUGGCGCACCAAGAGCAAACUCCUCUGGAUGGUGGCCAUUACGUGGAUCAUUCCGGCCCUGCUCUUCUUCAUCUCCAUCUUCGGAUGGGAGCACUUUAUCGGCUUCAGGGACUUGGGUCCCGGCGAGUGCACCGUCCAAUUCCUCAAGGACCCCGUCUUCAACACGGCCCUGAUUAUCGGCUACUAUUGGAUCACCCUCGUCGUCCUCUUCAUUCUCUACGGAGGCAUCUAUAAGACGGCCUACGACAUGCAGAAGAAAUCAGAGGCCAAACACAAGAAGAUGCAGUCCAUGGUGGCCCUGUCGGUCGGCGGAAUGGCCGGAAUGGCGGCCGCUACCACCGGAACAGCCAAACCACCGGCUGCUGGACAAUCCGCCGCCAAAGCUGUCACCGCUUCCGCGUCGACAGUUUCGUCCAACGCUUCAAAGAUCGCUCCGGCAGCCGCUACCACCAUCAACGCGACAACAAUAUCUGCCGCUGCGGCCAACAACAUGCCGACUCCGGCGGUCAAUAGCAACAACAAUCCGGCCAACGCCGUCCUGUCAAAGGUCAACAACGUCGCAUCAGGAUCGGGUAACAAAGGCAAUUCCAAAGAAACCGUGAAUGGAGCCUCGGCUGGCCCGACAAACAACAACAAGAAUCAACAACAACAACAACAGCGGCGGCCGUCUGGAGCCAAAAUAGAGACGACCAGUUUCACGACAAACAAACAACAACAGCCAACAACUAACAAGGGCGGACAACAACAGGUGACAGAGAUGGAACGUUCGUCUUCGCCGGCCUUCGAUUCCGACGAUGAACAAUCAUCGCAAGUGACGGCCACGACGGCCGCCAAAAAACCAACUCCAACCCUUCCGGUCAUGGCGGCCGGAACGGCUUCCAUCGCUUCGACUGUGGCCAUUCCGCGACUGGACCCGCCGCCGCCGUCCAGCCGCGUCAAAACGCCAACGAGCGAGACUCUUCCGCGCAUUCCGGAAAUGUCUUCAGCGACGGCCAACAAAAUGCCGGGCCGGUCCGGCUCACCAACGGAUCUCAUGUUGCCGCCGCCACCUCCGCGAUCCCAAGAAACGGUCGAGAUCGAACUGGAAUGCAACAACGCCGACUUGUUCCCGCCGAUUGAAACUAUUCCGCCGCCCAUCGCCUCAAUGAGUCAGGCGACUGGGCAACAGGAUGCCGUCGAAAAUAUGGACACGGCUGAACUUUGCUACUUGGACGAAAGUUCCGUUGUCGUGGCUUCGCCCAGGAUCGAAACGACCCACGGUUCAAGUCUGAUGGCCGUUCACGAGUCGAUGGCCAAUUCGACCGAUUCGCUGGGCUUGCCUUUGGCAUUGCACCAGCCACCGCCGGCCAAACCGGCACCGGUGGCGCCAGUCCCCAGCGUCACUUUUGCUCCGACGCCCAGUUCCAACGGAGCCAACGACGACAAUUCGUUCGGUUCCAGCAGCGGUACGGGCACCAGCGGAGGUGCACCGUUGAAAACAAAUGGCCGGCCACCGUCGCAGCAACAGCCAAAACAGCAACAAUCGAUGGACGGGAUCGUCAAGGAUUCGGUGGUGGCGACCACGGAGACGGUGACGUCAACGGCCUCGCCGGCCGACGUCAGCACCACCGCCACGGCUACCAAGACGUCGACGGCGACCAAAGCGGAUUUGGUCCGCUCCAUCGGCAAGCGCAUCAAGGGCCGGCGGAAAAAGGCGGCCGGCGCCGGCGAAGAGCGUCAAAAGUCCAAAUCGGAAAACCGGGCCCGCAAAGCUUUGCGGACCAUCUCCUUCAUUCUGGGGGCCUUCGUGGCCUGCUGGACGCCGUACCACAUCCUGGCGCUGGUCGAGGGCUUCUGUGCCAAGCCGCCGUGCACCAACAGCCACCUCUACAUGUUCUCCUACUUCCUGUGCUACGCCAACAGCCCCAUGAACCCCUUCUGCUACGCCCUGGCCAACCAGCAAUUCAAAAAGACAUUUAUGCGCAUUCUAAGAGGCGAUCUUCACAUGACCUAAAAUUCCAAUCAUUUUUUGCGGGCUCCCCCCACUCUGUUGUGUUUUUGUCAAUAUCAAACCAAAAUAUUCUAUCCCAAGAACCCACCAAAUCUAGUCUUUGAACUCAUAACAUUGUUGAAAUUGUGCAAAAUGAUUGACUGAUAUUAUAAUAACUCCCGAAAAUGUAUUUCCCCGAUCACCGAGAGAGAGAGAAAAGGUAUCGACAUGCUUCCAUAAUCGCGGCGCGUUUGUUUUAUUUCGUUUCUAUUUUUUUCAAAAUUGAAUUCGUACGUAUAUCUCGGCUAUGUAAUAUAGGAUAGUGCGCUUCAAAUGAUGGGCUAUGCUAUAUACUACAGAUUCAUGAUCAUUUUUCGGUACGCAGAAUGUAUAGUGUCAUAGAAAACGUUGUAUCAAAAUCGAUUUGAAAUGGAAAAUUCAAAAUUAAAAUGGGAUCGGUCACCCGACGCCAGAAAAAAAAAAUCAAUAGCCCAUCAAUUGAGAGGGAAACUUUACACGCAUGUAAAUAUCAUCCAAACUCUAUUGCGUAACUCUGUACAACCCGCAAAUUCUUUUCAAGAAAAAUUCGAACCUCCCCCCCCCCCCAAAGUUCUGCAAGAGCUUUAUUUAUCAUUAAGUGUUUGUCUCUACACAGUUUCCUGUAAUCAAUAUCAUAUUAUACGCUGCUAUACCCAGUAAUAACAAUAAUAACAAUACCAUAUAUAUACCGUUCGUAUUACAGCAUAUAGCCGGGAAUGUUGUUUGUCUAUGUGAUGGAUGUAUUCAUGUACAUAUUCAUGUCCCAUUGUGCCCCCAUCAUCCCUUGUACACCCUCUCGAUAUGCUCCCGCGUGUGAUCAGAUCAUAGUCAACUAGUCGCAUAGUCGUCGUAUACAUAUAUAAUAUACUCUACUCUAACCAAAGUAGCAUUUCUAUACACCGUAAUACUACCAUGAUCACCCAUCUUCUCCCCAUCUCGUCUCGACAUCCCCGGCGCGCAGUUUUUGAUUCCCAAUUCAAUCGGAUUUUUCAAUUCCUUCCAUGUCCGUUUCUGGUGGUACGGGAAUGUGUUCUCUACUAUUAUAUAUUAUUCCCCCAUGCCCUUUUUUCCUUGAAAUAAUGCUUCGGCUGUAUACUUUAAGUAUAUAUAUAAAAAAAGAAAAAAGA